CAGGUGAACAUGACGGCAGUCAUACUGCAAACCAAGGUGAUUGUUGAUAGCCACCGGGGCCACUUCCCAAACCGCCGGAUAUGUCAACCUUUCUUCCUACACCAUAUCCAGAUCUCAUACUCCUUGGCUGAUGCUCCUUUGUCCCUUCCAUGAACUUAAACGGAACGGAAUAGUAGAGCUGCUGCUGGUAACUCGCUCGUGAUCUCAUCUACGCCCGGACACCAGACAUCCCCAGCAAGUUGCUUGUUCGCACAUAUAGCUACACCAUUCAUUUUGCCUUCUUCACUCGUUGGCCUUCACAGGAGGUACUGUCAGUGAUUGGAAGGGAUAGACCCUCACGACAUAUACCGAGCUCAAGAUGGCGGCCAUACCGGCGCCCGAUGGAACGCACGACAAGCACCAUGGCAGUGACCUAGGCAGGAAACUCAAACUUCCCUUCCACAAUCUUAAGGAGAAACUCGGCCACAGCCAUCACCUGGGCGACGCCGGGGUCCACUUGAUCCACCAAAAACACAAGAUCGGCAAGUUUGCCAACUUGUUUAACCCCCACCAUCGCCAUGAUGAGGCGCAUGAAAAGGCCUGCGAUGAGAAGCGUAGCAAGAUCGCCGAGUCCCACCGGUUCGAGUCCUACUUCCCCGAGAGGGAGGGUAAUAUGGUGAAGUGGUACGUGGAUGGUAGAGAUUACUUCUGGGCUGUGUCGGCUGCCCUAGAGAAGGCAAAGGAGACUAUCUACAUCGCCGACUGGUGGUUAUCGCCCGAGCUGUUCCUCCGGCGCCCUCCCUAUUUCAACCAGGAGUGGCGACUCGACCAGAUUCUGAAGCGCCGGGCAGAGGCGGGAGUCAAGAUCUACGUCAUUGUCUACCGGGAGGUCGAGGCGGCUCUCACCUGCAACUCGGUGCACACCAAGCACGCACUCCAGGCACUAUGCCCCGAAGGCUCUCCCGGCUUCGGCAACAUCAAGGUCAUGCGCCACCCUGACCACAACAUCCUCGAGAAUGCCGCAGACAUGACCUUCUACUGGGCCCACCAUGAGAAGCUCAUCGUCAUUGACUAUGAGAUAGCGUUCAUUGGCGGGCUGGACCUGUGCUUUGGCCGGUGGGACAACCAUCAGCAUAUCUUGGCGGACAUGCACCCGGAGGGCGUUGCGAACGAAGUGUGGCCCGGUCAAGACUUCAACAAUAACCGCAUCAUGGACUUCAAGAAUGUCGAUGACUGGAAGCAGAACGAGCUGAACAAGGCCGAGGCAGGUCGCAUGCCGUGGCACGACGUUGCCAUGGGCGUGAUCGGGCCCUGCGUGUACGACAUCGCCGAGCACUUUGUUCUCCGGUGGAACUUCGUCAAGCGCGACAAGUACAAACGGGAUAAGCGGUUUGAAUGGCUCGAGCUGGAGGGGCGCCAGGGCGAGAAUGAGGAUCUCGUUGGCGUGCAACGGCCCGCCCACCCCGUCGGCGGGUAUGUGCUUCAUCCCCUAUCUCCCAUGGCCAACAAGCACGUCGAAAACCGUGGGACCGUCCGCGCCCAGAUCGUACGCUCCAGCGCCGACUGGUCAAGCGGAAUUCUCACCGACCACUCCAUCCAGAACGCCUACAGCGAGAUCAUCGGCAACGCACAGCACUACGUCUACAUCGAGAACCAGUUCUUCAUCACCGCUACCGGGGAGGAGCAGCCGCCGAUCCGCAACACUAUCGGAAGGGCCAUUGUGGACGCUGUCUUGAGGGCGGCAAAGGAAGGGCGCAAGUUCCGCGUCAUCAUCCUGAUUCCCGCCGUCCCGGGCUUUGCGGGAGACCUGCGAGAAGACGGCGCCAUUGGCACGCGAGCCAUCAUGGACUACCAGUACAAGUCUAUCUGCAGGGGCGAGCAUAGCAUCUUUGGACAGAUCGAGAAGGAGGGCGUCGACCCAACCAAGUACCUCUUCUUCUUCAACCUGCGCACUUACGACCGUCUAAACGUGACGCCGGGCGUCAAAAAGCGGGAAGAAGAGACGGGGAUCAAAUACAAGGACGUCCAGCGGGCCCAUGCGGAGGAGAUUAUGAGUGAGGGCAUUCACGGCACCAUGGACCCCGAGGACGGGCGCGAUAAGCACAUGGGAGGGCAUCAUGAGCAGAGUAGGCAGCGCGACCUGAGUAGGCAACGCGAGACUGUCGACGGAGAGCUCGGGGAGAACGUGGCCGAAGAACGCAGAUCGACCGGCCUCCUGAACGAACUAGACGCCAAGCGGAAGUUCGAGGCAGCUGGCGCCGAUGGAGACACGAACUAUGACAAGGCGGACGCGCAGCCGGUCUUUAGCGUUGCCCACCAUGCUAUGGCCGGCCAAGGUCCCGUGUCCGAGGUCCCCUGGGACGGCGAGCCCGACGAGGAGGUCAACCAUUGGAUCCAGGAGGAGCUCUACAUCCAUGCCAAGCUGCUCAUCGUCGACGACCGGAUCGUCGUCUGCGGAUCGAGCAACCUGAACGACCGCAGCCAGCUGGGAUACCACGACAGCGAGCUGAGCAUUGUCAUGGAGGACACGCACCGCGUCGAGUCCACCAUGGACGGGAAGCCUUACGAGGCCGGCUGGCAUGCUGCCACGCUGCGGCGCUAUCUCUGGCGGGAACAUCUCGGUCUGCUGCCGCCACAGGACCAUGAUGCCAGCAAUGACCCCAAUGCCCAGCCACCCGGUGACGACUCGCCCAAUGAUGUCCGGGACAACGACGACACGUGGAAGCUGGUAGAAGACCCGCUCAGCGACGAGCUGUGGGAUAUGUGGACGGAGAGGGCAUCGACGAACACCCAGGUCUUCAGGCAGCUGUUCCACUCUGAUCCGGAUGAUUAUGUCAAGACCUUUGACGACUACGACAGCUACAUGCCGCCCAAGGGUGUCAAGGCUGGCCACAUCUACGACCGCAUAACGCCGCCGGACGAGGUGAGGCAGAAGCUGGACAAGGUCAAGGGGCACUUGGUCUGGAUGCCGUUGCAGUUCCUCGAAGGCGCAAACAUGGCGGAGAAGGGCUUGCAGGUGAAUGCGUGGACCGAGAGUGUCUACACCUAGGCGGGUACUAGCUAUCCGGCCAUUCUUGAAGCGUGUGUUGUAUAAAGGUUCUUAAUGCAUUGCUUUGGGCUCAGGGUCAA